UGUGGCUAGCUUCAGGAUUGGAGGUGAAUGUUUUGAUUUCAAACACCCUUUUUUUGUGGAGUAAACAAAGACGUACUGACUGACCUAAAUAGACUACCCAACUCUGUCGUCUAAAAUAUGUCUAAAUUACAGUCGUUGCGUGUGUUUUUGAAUGAUCGUUUAACGGCGGCUGCUGUGGAGAUUUUCGGGGCAGUUGAGAAAACGGUAGUGGAGUACCAGGAGGAGAAUGAUCGGCUACGGAGACUGCUGCGGAUCACACCAGAGAUACAACUAUGUAGAAUAGACUCCCUGCAGCUCUCUGUCUCUGAAGAGGAGGAUCCCCCUGAGCAGCAGCACUGUGAGCAGGAGGGGAGCCCCAGUCUGGGACAGAAGGGCCCAGAGACCAAACAGAUUAAAGAGGAACAGGAGGAAGUCAGGACCUGUCAGGAGGAAGAGCAGCUUCAAGGGCUCGUUGAUACCAAAGACUCCAUAUUCACUACUUCCUGUGUGAAAAGUGAAUGUGAUCAGGAGGACCCAUGUCAAGAAGCCGUACUAGCUGAACACCCAACUCUCAGUCCACUGAAAACAUCUAAACUACAGUUGUUCUGUGUGUUGUUAAAUCAAUGUUUAACGGCAUCUGCUGCUGUGGAGAUUUUCGGGGCAGUUGAGAAAACGGUAGUGGAGUACCAGGAGGAGAAUGAUCUGCUACGGAGACUGCUGCGGAUCACACCGGAGAUACAACUAUGUAGAAUAGACUCCCUGCAGCUCUCUGUCUCUGAAGAGGAGGUUCCCCCUGAGCAGCAGCACUGUGAGCAGGAGUGGAGCCCCAGUCUGGGGCAGGAGGACCCAGAGACCAAACAUAUUAAAGAGGAACAGGAGGAAGUCAGGACCAGUCAGGAGGAAGAGCAGCUUCAAGAUCUGGAGCCUGAUAUCAUAGAGUUCAAUUUCACCCCUUCCUGUGUGAAAAGUAAAUGUGAUCAGGAGGAACCACUUUGGUCCUUGACUCUUCCCCAAACCCAGCCUGUGGAGAACAGAGAGAGAGACUCUAAACCAGUGGAUCUCAAAUCUUUUGUCCAUGUGACCCACUUAAAUGGUCUUGACCUUCCAGAUAAUGACAGCAAUACCUCAAGCCACAGUACAGCCGUAAGCAGCGACACAGUGGGACUUGACAGCAGUCCACCAUUGAAGAAACACUGUUCCAAACCCAGCACCACAUCUAUAAAAACUCACCACUGCCAUGACUGUGGUGCAACAUUUGCUCUGAAAGCUGACCUGCAGAGACAUGUGACUCUCACCAAGAAGAGACUCAGUGAAUGUAGAUUAUGCAGAAAACGCUACAACUCCACCUGUAAACUGAAGGCCCAUGUCCGACGCUGUCACAGUGGGAAACACUGCACAUGCCCUGUUUGUGGAAAGACCUUCAAAUACAAAGGCUAUCUUUCCAAGCACUUAAGGAUUCACACAGGAGAGAAACCAUUCAACUGUGGUGACUGUGGGAAAAGCUUCACUCAGAAGGGGAACCUAACCGAACAUGUACUGACUCACACGGGAGAGAAACCAUUUAGCUGUGGUGACUGUGGGAAAAGCUUCAGUCUCAAGAAGACACUAACGGAUCAUAUACGAACUCACACAGGAGAGAAACCAUUCAGCUGUGGUGACUGUGGGAAAAGCUUCAAUAAGAAGGGACACCUUUCCGUGCAUCAACUGACUCACACAGGUGAGAAACCUUUUAGCUGUGGUGACUGUGGGAAAAGCUUCAGUCAGAAGGGGAAUCUAAGCAUUCAUAAACUGACUCACAUAGGAGAGAAACCUUUUACCUGUGGAGAAUGCGGGAAAAGCUUUGGGCUCAAGCGACACCUAACCAUGCAUAAACUGACUCACACAGGAGAGAAACCAUUUAGCUGUGGAGACUGUGGGAAAAGCUUUAAUCGCAAGGAGGUCUUAACCAUGCAUAUACGGACUCACACAGGAGAGAAACCAUUUAUCUGUGGUGACUGUGGGAGGAGCUUCAGGCAUAAAGGGUCCCUUAAGAUACAUAUAUUGUCUCACACAGGAGAGAAACCGUUCAGCUGUGGUGACUGUGGGAAAAGCUUCAAUCAAAGGGGUAACCUAAACAUGCAUAUACGGACUCACACCAGAGAUAAUUCAUUUUGCUGUGGAGAAUGUGGGAAAACCUUCAAUCAGAGGGGGAACUUAACCACACAUAUACAAACUCACACCAGAGAUAAUUCAUUUCGAUGUGGUGACUGUGGGCAAAGCUUCAAUGAGAAGGGACACCUAACUGAACAUAUACGGACUCACACAGGAGAGAAACCAUACAGGUGUGGUGACUGUGGGAAAAGCUUCAUUCAGAAGGCGGACCUAAGGAGGCAUAUACUGACUCACACAGGAGAGAAACCCCAUGGCUGCUUCGUCUGUGGUAAAGGAUUCACUCAGAAGUCUCAUCUGCUGAGGCAUGUGGAUAAAAUCCACAAAGGAAGAAAACAGGACAGAAACUGAAAGAACAUUAGGACAUAGAGAUUGUCUGUCAGGUAAGUGAAUAAAAGGGCAGGAUGUGGACAAAUAUCUUAGGAAGCAACAGCGAUAUGGCCCUCAUCAAAUAUGCAGACGACAUGGCUCUGGUUGCUUGCCUGGAGGUCAAGUCCAUCUCCAGCUACUCCCAGUUCAUUGACUGCCUCUUGACGUGGUUUGACAAUAUCUUAGGAGCUCAGUCUGGGUCUCAACUUACUAUUAAGACUCAGAAUAGUAGAAUACACCAGGUCCAAUUUAGACAUUUGGUUGUGCAUCAGCACUUUGUCACUGACAGUCACUCAAUUAGCGAUUUUAGAUUGGAAGUUAGUCUAGCCAGCUAUCUAACCUUAGUAGUAAUCACUGCUGAAUACCGACCGGGCAGGGAAUGUGCCCAGGGGCCCAUAUUAACAUGGAAUAAGUCAUUACGGCAGGGGGGUGGCAGGUAGCCUUGGGCCAGUAACCAAAAGGUUGCUAGAUCCAAUCCCUGAGCUGACAAGGCAGUUUUAACCCACUGUCCCUAGGCCGUAAUUGCAAAUAAGAAUUUGUUCUUAACCGACUAACCUUAAAUAAAUGUUAAAUUAAAAAGGACAAAAUUACAAAAUGUGUAUAAUUGUAGGAAAUUAAUUUUAAAACAUACAUUUCUCUUCACCAUCAGAGGGGUACUCAAAUGUUUCACCUCGAGGUGGGGGGCACCCCAACCAAAUCUCUCAGGGCCCCAAAAGACGGGAGCCGGCCUUGGAUUUAGUUUUGGAAAACACAUUUAUUUGGUUUGAAUGAUGAUCAAACAUUAUUAUUAUUAUUAUAUCGAACAGAUUAAAGAUUCCUUUAUUGUCCAAUUGUACAGUUCCAAAUUCAACUCCCGCUUCCAUGUCAACCCCUCCUAAAGAGACGCAUUCAGAAAGUAUUCAGACCCCUUAACUUUUUACUUAUCAAUCUCCCCUACACACGAUACCCCAUAAUGAC